GGUAAAGAUGGUAGAAAAGGGAAGAUCAUAAGAAAACUGAGGUUCCUGGAUUCCUUUAAGUUUAUGCCAAGCUCACUGGACAAGCUCGUCAGGGGUGUGGGAAGGAACGUCUUUAGGAAUUUGGACCUAAUGUCAGCAUGCUACACCAACGGACAGAAAGAUCUGCUCAAACAGAAGCGUGUUUACCCCUAUGAAUACAUGGAUGGUUUCGACAGACUCGGAGUAACAGCGCUCCCACCGAAGGAGAAGUUCUUCAGUAAGCUGAAUAACGAAAGCAUCGGUGAUAUGGACUACAAAAGAGCUCAGACC